AUGUUUUUGCUUUCAGUUCAGAGCAAAGUGAGAUGCUCGGAGCAAUGGAUGGAGGUUGACAUCGUGAGGAGCAGCCCGCAGGCGAGGAUAUAUCUGCAACAGAUGAAGGACUUUCCAGACGAAGCUUGCAAACCACGGCUUAGCAACGGCGUUGCCACGUUCCGAUUACCGCUGUUAGAGCAAGACAUGUUGCGAUGCGGUAUCACGAGGGUCGUUAACAAAGUCACGGGUCAGAAGGUGUACUUUCAUCGGAUAAUAGUGGAGGAGCCCGCGGAUUCCAGCAAGCAUACGUUCACUGUAAAGUGUGUUAUCACCGAAGUCGUUGUGAAACCUGGAAUCUCGAUCCAAGCCAAUCACACCGCGGUACGACGGAGCGUUCUUCCAGCAGGUUUCCAGGAACCGGACGUGAUCGACAUCAGGGGAGAGAUCUCCGAGUCGGCGCCGGUACCGAUACUGGGAGUCGGCGUCAGGCAAGGUGGCAAUCUCGUCACCGGAGAGUUGAACGUCAGUCCAGGGACGCCAUUACAGAUGGAGAUUUUCCUGGACAAUGGCUCGGCGCCUGUUUAUGGACUCUUGGUUACAUAUAUGUUGGUCACGGACACCAAGUCGCAGGAGGAAACCAUUAUCAUCAAUGGCUGUUCCGUGGAUCCGUACUUAUUCGAAAAUUUCAACACAGUAGACGGUGACUUUCUGACAGCGAAAUUCCGGGCUUUCAAGUUCCCAGAAAGCACUUACGUUCAGUUUCGCGGCACUGUUAACGUCUGUCUGGACAAGUGCCAAGGGAUCGAGUGCAGCAACGGCCAAAUUGGAUUCGGGAGGAAGAGAAGAGCCAUCGACGUCUCAAAUACUGACAACAACAAGCUUUUCGAAGUGACUAUGUCCGCUCUUAUUAAAGUGGACUUUGAAGAAGACGCGGUGGUCGAUAAAGCUCUGUCCGAGUUGUACAUCAGAAGAGGGAAGAACAGGACAAAAGCUAGGGCUGUGAUCGCGGAGGAAGUUAGAGAGCAAGCAGCUCCGACGACAAUCAGGACGGAGGAGAGAGCUUUCAUAGCGCAAGAAGUUAAAGAACAGUUCAAGUACAAAGUUACCGAAACGGAGAUCAACGGCUCCACGUGUAGAACGUCAGUUUUACCUUCCGUCCUCGUUCUCCUUUGUCUUUGCAAAUUUUUGUAAGACUCGAAGAGGACGAUCCUGCAGACCGAUGA